AUGGCUGCCCGCAGUCCUCCCAAUCAGAGCAGUAAGAGAUCUCUCGCUUUUCUCCCUUCCCUGCUUCAUUCUGGGCACCGUUAUCGGCUGCGGUCUCUUCUUUCCUCCUCUGGAAGGACUCUCCUCUCCCGGGGAACCUCCGCCACCACAGAUACCAAGCAUGUUCCCUGCAAAUUCUUCCGUCAGGGAGCUUGCCAGGCCGGUCCUGCCUGUCCAUUCUUACAUUCCACUGAUGCCGCGAUCGACUAUGCUCCCUGUAAAUACUUCACCAAGGGUAACUGCAAAUUCGGAGCCAAGUGUGCGCUGGCGCAUAUUCUCCCCGAUGGUCGACGGGUCAACCGUCCCAACGGUAUGGGCAUGGGCGGAAGUCAUCUGAAUCUGGGCGGUCGAGUCAACCCGCAGGCCUAUGUGAAUCAGGAUUCCGCCUUGACGAACUCGGUGCUGUCGCAACAGCGCUUGAACGGUCAUGAACCCCGUUACGCCCAUCCUUUACCGCCGCAGGAGGAGUUUCAGAAUCUGCAUGCGCAGCAGCAGCAGCCACCCUACGAUGCGAUCCCGACGAUCGACGCAGGUCUCGCUUCCGACGCCGGAUCGAAGUACGGAUCCCCUGUGGACGACCUGCGAUUCCCCAUGUCCCCCAAUCACCGCCAUCUGACAGCCCUGGAUGCUCCGCUCCCCGCCUCUUUUGACAGCCAGGGUAUCUCGCAUGCCGCUCGCUAUGGCCCCGUUGCCGCUUCUAUGCCCUCCAAGUUCGGCUUGGACCUAUCGUCUCCGCCCGCUCAGAGAAUCGGAGCUCCCUCCGACGCGCUUCGAAACCUUCGCGACGCCGCUUAUGGAUCAGACCUGAGAAAGCCCUCCUCGUCCUUCAUCGGAUCUUCGCCGCCGGGUAUCCCCGAGGAUGGCAUCGGCCCCCGAUUUUUACACUCCUCGCGACCUGUCAAGCCGCGCAUGCUGUCCGCUAGUGUGCCCCGCCCCACUGCCUUGGAUGAUUGGGAUGAGAGCAAUUUCCCGAUGGAGGAGGACUAUCUGCCCAUGAAUCUGCACGAUGACGUUCUAACCCCGCAGGAGCGCCUCCGUCGCCUGUCUCGCACAGAUCACGAGCUCGGUGGCCUGGGAAUGAGCAGUGCUAGCUUCUCCAAGGUCGGAUCUCCUCUGGCGUCCAGUCCAUCUCGCUUCGGCGCUCUGUUCGCCAAACAACGCCAGAAGAAGGAAGAGGAUGCCCACGGUACCUCCCUCCCGCAUGUUGGCUCACCUCUGCGUGAGUCUGCGCUGAGCCUCGGCACAAGCCCCGGUCUGGGCGCCAUUGGAAGCCGGCAGGUGGCGGAAGAUGCCUCGCCGUUCGGGUCUACUCCGUCGCGACAGUCGACAUCCACGCUCUCUGCACAGCUGAGUAGCAUGUCCCUGCACCCGGGAUCGGCUCGUCACUCAUCGUCCGUCGGCCCCAGCAGUCGUAUGGAUCGCUCGCCGGUCAGCACGAGCAAGAUUGACGAGGAGCAAAGCGACUUGGUCUUCUCCAUGGAGGAGGAAGAGAACAACAAACGAAGCAGUUCUUCAUGGGGUAAUUCAAAGACCGACUCCUCCAACGAGGAGGACUCGACUCCGACGAGGGCAGCGGGCUUCCAGUCCUGA